GGAAAAGCUGCAUUAUAAGCACUACUGCUUUUAAACCGGUUCUGUAACUUGUAUCUGGCAACACCCACAGACUCUCUGCUGCCGUCACUGAGGUCAGGUAGACGGAGCGAAGAUGGCGACCGCCUACGAGAGAUACAAUUUGCACACAACCCCAGAGAAGUUCUUCAUCGAGGCCUGUGAUGAGGGGGCUGAUGCUGUCCUGGCAAUCGACAGGGUCUCGAAUGAGAUGACCCUUGCAGGGAAAAAAGAUGUUCCUCCCUCAGCAGUCACCAGGCCUAUCUGUGGCAUCAUGGGAACCAUCCGUCUAGUAGCAGGGAUGUACCUGAUCGUCAUCACCAGGAAGAGGAACGUGGGCAGCCUCUUGGGCCAUGCUGUGUGGAAGGCUGUGGAUUUCGAUAUAAUCUCUUAUAAGAAGACCGUGCUACAUCUGUCUGAGAUCCAGUCUCAAGAGAAUAAGACCUUCCUGUCCAUGAUUAACAAUGUGCUGACUACAGACGGCUUCUACUUCUGCACUGACUACGACCUGACACACACACUGCAGCGACUGGCCAACACCAGCCCCGACUUCCAGGAGAUGACCCUGCUGGAGAGGGCAGAUCAGAGGUUUGUGUGGAAUGGAAAUCUCCUGAGAGAACUGGCUGCACAGCCAGAGCUUCAUAAGUUUGCGCUACCUGUUGUCCACGGCUUCAUUGUCAUGAAGCCAUGCCGUAUAAAUGGGAAGAUCUUUGAAUGGAUCCUCAUAUCCAGGAGAAGCUGUUUCCGGGCUGGCGUCAGAUACUAUGUCAGAGGCAUCGACUCUGAAGGCCACGCCGCUAACUUUGUGGAGACUGAGCAGAUCGUUUUGUAUGAGGGAGCAAAGGCUUCGUUUGUGCAGACACGAGGCUCCAUGCCUUUUUACUGGAGUCAGAGGCCCAACCUCAAAUACAAACCCAAACCCAUCAUCAGCAAAACCACCAAUCACAUGGAUGGUUUCCAGAGGCAUUUUGACUCUCAGCUCCUCAUCUAUGGGAAGCAAACCAUUCUGAACUUGGUGAAUCAGAAGGGCUCAGAAAAGCCACUGGAACAGGCCUUUUCCAAGAUGGUGUCUGGUAUGAACAAUGGCAUGCUCAACUACAUAGCCUUCGACUUCCACAAAGAGUGCAGCCACAUGAGAUGGGAUCGUCUUCAGAUCUUGGUGGAUGAUGUUGCUGAGACGCAGGAUGAAUACUGUUACUUCAUGUUGAACUCUGAGGGAAAGACGGUGGCCCAGCAGAGAGGAGUCUUCCGCAGUAACUGCAUGGACUGCCUGGACAGGACCAACGUCAUCCAGAGCCUGUUGGCCCGACGUUCCCUACAGUCUCAGCUCCAGAGAAUGGGGGUUCUGAAUGUGGGCCAGCGGAUCGAAGAGCAGGCUGACUUUGAAAAGAUCUACAAGAACGCAUGGGCUGACAAUGCCAAUGCAUGCGCUGUGCAGUACGCAGGAACGGGAGCCUUGAAAACAGACUUCACAAGGACAGGGAAGAGGACCCGGUUGGGGCUGCUGAUGGAUGGCUGGAACUCCAUGAUCCGCUACUACAAAAACAACUUCUCUGAUGGCUUCAGACAAGAUUCCAUUGACCUGUUUCUGGGUAACUUUGCUGUCGAUGAGUCGGAUGGACCCACUCCUCUACGUGUGCAGAAGGACUGGAAGUUCCUCACGCUGCCUAUCAUUAUGCUGGUGGCAUUUUCCAUGUGCAUCGUAUGUCUUCUCAUGGCUGGUGACACAUGGACGGAGACUCUGGCUUACGUGAUGUUCUGGGGGGCUGCUAGUGCAAUUACAGCCACUAUCAUCCUGUUUAACGGCCAAGACUUUGUGGACGCCCCCAAACUGGUUCACAAGGAGAAGAUGGACUGAGUAUGGUGUAUGUGUGUGUGAGGAGCAGCUGGGCCCAGCAGGCUCAUAUACCUCAUCAUCUUCACCCUCUUCUUCUCCAGGUCUGGACUCUAGACUGAUCUUCUGCCUCCGUACUGCCCUCAAGGCUUCAGUUUUUCAUGCAUUCGUCUGCAACAUGUUUCACUCGCACACACUCCUUCACAAGGGUUCCAUUUUAUUUCCCACAUUCCUCAUACUGUAUCUUUGCGUUGUCGUUGUUGUUGGUGUUAGGUUGUUAGUUAUACAGAGGUUCUGUGAUGCCGCUUAAGUCAACCGUUUCAGCGUUUUCAGUUUCCACAACAAUUGUAAUUUUUAUACACUUACGCUAGUGCUCAUUUUCUUAUUUGUUAAUCAUUCUUAUUACGAAAGUAUCUUUCUGUUGUGCUUCAUUACACAACUUAUAGUUAAAGCUGCAUUAAUUAAUUUUAUCGGCUACUUGGGGGCAGCAAGAACAUAUCUGACAUUGUCACCAUAUAAAGCUGAUAUGAAGAACAUGCUAGCAAACACAUUCAGCAGACAAAGAGCAACACUAUCAUCCCAUUCAUGUUUUCAUUUUGGUCUCCACCAAUGCCUGAGGAAAAUAUCUGUUUUUUUAGCUACUAAAUGUUUCACUUUCUUCACCAGCUGGUCACUAACUGUGUCUGUGUGCUGUUUGGCGCUGAGCAGUUAGUUUCAGUGGGUUAAUCGGAGUUUUGUCACUGAACAUAGCUGCCUGCUGCUGCUGGAAACAAAGUUGAUGAGAGCAGAUCUGUGGGCUGUAAAACCAAAACAAUGACUUAUAAUGGGCUAAAAAGACCCGUAGUGUUUCAGAGUUGGGUGAUAAUUCUCUAUUCAUUAGUCACUAUGAGUGACGCUUUUCACAUUACACAUAGUCAUGUGAUCCGUUGUUAAUAUAAAGAUAUUGAUUAGUGCAGCUUUAAAGAUACUUAGUGUAAUUGUAUUCAUCCCAAACAGAUGAUUAAUGUCAGUUAACCCUAAACAGUCUCAGUCAACGAUGUGGCACUUAAACAUGCACAUGUUGAAACAUAUACUGUAUGUUGUGUCUAAUUGAUUAAUGGAGCGCACUCUACAUAAUGUACAUGUUGAUUUUGAAUGUACCAGGCCUUACAAACUUGUGUAUGAAGUAUAAAUAUUUGGCUAAUCUGUAUGUAACAGGUGGAGGUAGAGUAGGAGUGAAUAUUAUGUCUUCCUAUUAAUCUAACUUGGGAAAGUAUGCAUGAUGAUUCUGUUGUAGCAGUGGGCUUAGUGCUUUCUUCACCAUCUUGUUUUUGCACUUUGGAGAACCAUGAAAUUAUCUGCCUGCAUAUUAAUGAUGUGUCCAUUUGCAUUGUGGGUCUGUGGUUGCUACCAUCACCCAUAUCUCUGCGUUCGGUGAUUCAGAGAGGUCUGGUGUGGUGUUCAUUUACAAUGUUUUCAAUGGUUUUAGAAACAAUUGGCCAAUCAGAGCUUUGUAGGCAGGAUUAAGAAUGGAAUUCCUCCUGCAUAGCUAGCUACCUAGAUACAUUUAUAAAAAAUAGUGACCGAAAAAUGGCCACAAAAAUGGCUACGAGUGUGAAAGAGAUUGAUGCAGCUCCACAGGUUGUUGUAAGUAAUGCAUUUCUUUGGUCAUCCUGAAAAUGGGAAGUUAACAGCUUAGCAACCACUAUCAUAGCUUCUGAUUCGUCACUGUUUUCUUGUGACUAUCAGUUAAUUUUCAUUUUCUUUAGAUGCCAAUUGAAUCUGUUCACAUUAAAGUUUUUAAACCAGUCAUCCCUGGUUAAAGCUUUAAUUACAAUAUUGCAUUAGCCUGAGAACAACAUUAAUGAAUGGUUUACUUAUUUAGUUGAAUGCCUUUUUAUUCUGAGAUAACAAUUUAAAACCACUACUGAGUGUAAAAUUUGUUGAGUUGUGUUUUUGUUCUUCUUCAUGGUGUUCAUGUUGGCUGUUAGUUUUGUUUUUGCUCUAACCUAUCAGUGGCAAGUGACGAAUUUUCAGUCAACACAAAAGCUGCAGCAGCAGUUGUUUCACAAUGAUAUAAGAAAUACACCAAUUCCAGUUGACUUACAACAACCUAUACAGCUACAUCCAUCUUAUCCAAGAUUGUUAUUAUUUUUAUGGCCAUUCAUCAGUCGUGAUUUUUCACAUUUUUGUGGUCAGGACUAUUAUCUACAAGGUAAUUCAGUCAGCAUCUUCUUUUUGCAGACUUAAAAAUCUAUAGAAGCACAAAAAAUGUGUCCAUAUUGAAAAUAUAUGAGAUCUCAAAAUAAUGGUUUCAUUAAGUUGGGAUUUUUGACCUGAAAACUUAGCAACCACAGAGGCUCUGGAAUUCUGUAGUCCACCAUGCACCUGUUCAUUAAUGCUUUCAGUCGGGUUUCCUCAGAGGUUUUGGGAUAAAGUUGCUCCAGUCUAGAAGAGAACGAGUCCACUCUUGGAUCACUGCCUUACACGCCUGCCCUCAGUGGAGAGGGCAUGGACAUUUGAACCUUUCAUAUGAUUAUUUAAGAUCUGGUUGGGCAUUGAAACCUUCCUCUGAUGCUGAUUUCAGAUGUUUCUUUUAGGGGAAUCACUCACUAUGCCUUCUUGUACUGUGUAUGAUUUCUCAUUCAGCGACAUUCAGGUUGUGUGGUGUUAGUUUUCAGUGGUGUUUUAGCAAACAUAAUCUCAUGUAUCAGGUCAUACCAACAAGUAGCACAAGCCAGUGAGUGAGUGAUUAAAUGAGGUUUAAACUCUUGUUAAUUUAGUGAAACAUUUAUCUAAAUGUACUCUGAUCAUGCUAGCUUUUUGAAGAAAAUCUUGAAUCUUUGAUGAACUUCUGUUUAAACUAUGUAACUUUGUAUAACAAGGAAGAAGACAUUAGAUGAUACCUUAUGCACACAAGUAUAAUUUGUGCAAACAAGUUAUUAAAGAAAACUUCUAUGAACAAGA